AUGGGGAAGACCAAGGCCAAACGCCAACGAGCAUCCGGUGACCGAGAUCAAGAUCAAGCCCGAUGUUAUACGCUUUCGGCUACAGCCCUUAGGAGCUGGCCUGAAAUCUUCCGAAAACGCCGAAACAUCUAUCUCAGAGUCGAAAACAAAUCGCACGUAGAAGGCCGAGCGGAGUCCGGAGAACUUGAAAUCAACGAUGUGAUCCGCAUCUUUAUGCGCGAGCCCGAAGAAUCGCUUGGCUUCCUGCCACGAGCAGACAGAGUUGAAGAAUUUUGUUUUGGCAUGAGCAUCGAUUCUCUUCGGAAAGCCAAAUACAAACAAGACGGAUCAUUGCGACUCAUAGCAUGGCUGGAUGACCGGAACUUGCAGGGCCCGCUCGAUCCGUCACGGGCACACUGUAAACUGCUGACGGUAUAUGCUCUUUUCAGAGAACUGAAAAAGCCUCGCUUCCCUUCGGCGGAUCCUCACGCUGCUCUUCCGGCCAAGGCUAGAAAGCGACCGGUUUUGACGGAUGCAGAUCGGCGCCUUGUCUUCAUCACAGACUUGGACUGCUUGAGCAUCUAUGCCCUGGUGCAAACUGCUUCUUCUCACCAAGCUUCAGCUCUUCGGGAGGCGCUGUACUAUUACCUAGACUUUGAACCCUGCUUGAAGUUAGCCGCCAUCACAGAAGGAUUUCCCAUGCUCAAAUUCGCGUUUCACCUUCCUUUCUUCGCCCUGAGGCCCUCCAAGACUCGACAAACGGACUGUCGCCGGGACCGAGAUGGAAUGCCCUUGAGACGCUCGCAAGAUGUUUCUUUCCUUGAUUGGCAGGGCGGUGCCUCUCCAAUCUACCUCUAUGACGCCCAAAUCUCCUGCGUGAUUGCAGGUUCGGACUGGUCGAGGUGGGUGGCAUGGCUCUUUAUCGACACCUACUAUCUCGAUGCUGAAGACGAAUCCAAAGAGGACGUGUUGGAAUACCAUGAAGACAGCCUUUCUCCGAAAGGCAUGCGUGCAGACCCGCUCACAUACGGAUCUGCAGAUGCGGAUAAGCCAAUCUGGGAUCCCGAAGAAUAUUUCUUGACGGUAUUCAAAACCCGGUUUGCACAGGCAACACGAGAAUGGAAGGUGGUGGUCAAGAAAUUCAAACUUAGUCUCAAGCAUCAUCAAGGCAAGCAUGAGUAUCGACUAUGGUCUCCAGCAUCUCGCGAGCCCUCCAAGGAUGAGAGUCACAAUGGAAGUCUCCGCUGUUCCCUCGACUGGGUACUACAGUUCAUGCGUCUCUGCAAGGACGUGAAGGAGACCCUGGCAAAGACGGUCAAGAGUUACGAACCAUUUUGCGCGAGGGGAGCUGGCAACCUUGUCGGUGGUCCGCGCUUCCCUCGGGAGAGCAAACUGCUUCCUUCGAUCCAGGACACUUUCGAUGAGUUGUGUCAACUCAACCAGACCCUGGACCAUCUUCUGGAUCGCUGCAGUCAAUAUACCAAAGAGCUUAAAUUCAAACUCAGCCUGGAAGUUGUGGAAGUGGGCAACCAACAGAUACAAAUGAGCAACCGACAAACAAAUCUCAGUCUCGAAGCGAAUCGAAUAGCAGAGGACAACAAGGGAAUUUCAUGGAUGAUGAUGCUUUACGUUACACCGGUAGCGCUGACGUCAAGUGUAUUCUCCAUGCAACCGACGCCUUGA